UUGCUCAGCCUCAGUGGCCCUUUUCUGACCUGCGAUGUCUCGCCUGCUAAUGCUCUGCUCUUCACUCCUCCGCCACCGUGCAGUCCUGUUCUCGAAGCCUGGCCACUCAGGCCGCCUCAGCCACUCAGAAAGCCCACAGAACCAAGUCCUGUCGCCCACGGAAUCGGCUGUUGGAAUCGCUGUGUUUUUUACGACCUUUUACAUCCCAAUGGCGUAUGUCCUAAGCAAUAUGAAGUAUUUCAGAGGCGAGUAGAUAAAAGACGUCGAUAAGCAGCAC